UCAAAGAAAGAGAGUUGGAAAAUCUAGGUAGCUGAAGCAGUAGAACAAGUGAAUAUGAUGAAGGGGAAAAAACAAGUAUUGAAGAAAACAAGAACCUUCUUACUAGAAAAAUCUCCAACCAUGGAAUACAAAAUCACAGCCCCUGCUGAUCAAUAUUCCACGGACACUUUUGUAACCAGAAAGUCCCUUCCUGUGAUGGAAUUCCCAACCUCCCCACAACUCAUCUUUGGGGAAGAAAUAAUUCACUUCAGCCACCCACAACACCCACUCUCACUAGUGAACCUCCCAGACCUAUUCACAUGUGAUGGGUGCAAGGAGUAUGGCUCUGGCAAGAGGUUUGUUUGUCAACAAUGUGAUUAUCAGCUGCAUGACUUCUGUGGGUUGGCUCCUCCUGCACUCAAGGCCCAUCCUUUGCAUUCCCAACACUCAAUCUUGUUCCAUUCCAAGCCAGUGAAAACCGGGAUGGGUGCAAAGACGAAAUGCGAUGUUUGUGGCAAACCAACAAAAGGGUAUGCUUUCCUAUGCACUGCAUGCGCCUUCCAAAUGCACCCAUGUUGCGCCAUGCUCAACACAGAAAUUGACUACCCACAUCACCCCCACACCCUCAAAAUCAUGCCCUCAACAAGCACCACCCCCGCCACAAACACAGAUUCUUCAUCUUCUGGGGGCAUCGUUUGCGGCGAGUGCAAGAAGAGAAAGUCAGGGAAAGUGUACCGCUGCACGGUGUGUGACUACUAUCUCCAUGCAGUGUGUGCCAAGACCAAGGUUAACGGUCUCCUAGCCAACGGCAUCAGGCCACCGGAGAAACCGAGCGUGCUUGCCGCCGCGGCCAAAGUUGCUUCCCAAGUUGUGAUUGAGUUCCUUGGGGGGUUCGUUGAGGGUCUUGGAGAAAGCAUGGGAGAAGUGCUUGUGCAGAACAUUGCCAAAGGAAAUGGUAGUGUCACAAAUAAUACCUCUAAUACAAAACCUCGUAAAUAACCAUUCACAUGAAAUUGUCACUUUGGUUAUUGAAGUCAUUUUAAUUCUUGGAAGAUGAAAAUAGGCAAAAUAAUCCUUAUAAAAAGAAAAUUUGAUCAAUAAAAUAUCUAAAAUGUGAAAAUUAAGAUCAAAUUUAGUUCUUGGGGGAUAAAAAACGAUCAAACUCCAUCCCUAGAAUGACUAAUUUGAAAAUAUAUUCAUCUUUUAGGGGUUAUAUAUAUAUAUAUAUAUAUAUAUAUAUAUAUAUAUAUAUAUAGUUAUUUCCAUAAUUGAGGGACUAAAUUGACCAACCAUAAAUUGUUCAUAGACCAAAGAGAAUUCAUUCUCAUCUUCAUUUAUUACUUAUUAUUUGUGGCUUUCUCUCUCUGAAAUAUGAGAGGAAACAUAUAAGAGGAUUCAUUCUCAGUGUCACUUGUUGCAGCAACUCUUGUGCUGAAUUGGUGCUCCAAGUCCAUUAAUUGUGUGCACAUUUAUAUUUUCGUCUUGUAUAUCAUUAGUUUGUAUAUUCAACUAUUUUUAAUAUCAAUAUUGCUCGCACUUGUCAGCUAUGUUUUGUUUUUUGAAG